UCCAAUGCUACAUAAUAAACAAGAAAGACUCUAGCUUUUUCUCUCUCUCUCUAGGGUUUCCAGUUCCUUGUAUAUUUCUUUCACAGUUGAAAGACAAAGAGGAUCAAAAGUGUGAUAGUUAUAAUGGGUAGGGGAAGAGUGGAGCUAAAGAAGAUAGAGAACAAGAUAAAUAGGCAAGUGACUUUUGCAAAGAGGAGAAAUGGUGUGUUGAAGAAAGCUUAUGAACUAUCUGUGCUUUGUGAUGCUGAACUUGCUCUCAUCAUCUUCUCUAAUCGCGGCAAGCUUUAUGAGUUCUCCAGCACCUCCAACAUGCUGAAAACCCUUGAAAGGUACCAAAAAUGCAGCUAUGGAACACUGGAAGUGAAUCGAUUUGUCAAAGACAAUAAUGAGGAAAUCUUUUAUAAAGAGUACUUGAAGCUAAAAGCCAAACAUGAGUCACUGCAGCGAUAUCAAAGACACCUUCUUGGAGAUGAACUAGGGCACCUAAAUAUAGAUGAGCUUGAACAACUUGAACUUCAACUCGGUACUUCUCUAAGACAGACACGAUCCACCAGGACACAAUUGAUGCUUGACCAAUUUUCUGAUCUCCAAACUAAGGAGAAGUAUUGGCUUGAGGCAAACAAGGUUCUUAAAGGAAAGCUGGAAGAAACUUAUGCUGAGAACAACAUUCACCAAUCCUGGGGAGGUGCUGGGCAAAUUGGCAAUUACAGCCAACAACAUCCUCAAACUCAUGGUUUCUUUCAACCUCUGGAAUGCAACUCUACAUUGCAAAUAGGGUAUGAACCAACUAGUUCAAGCCAAAUAAUAGGUGUGGCCAGUGGCCAUAACGUCAGUGGCAUAAUCCCAGGUUGGAUGUUGUGACCGUCCUUUUAAAGCCAUCUUCGACAUGAAUAUUAUUAAACAUGUAAUAUCACAAGUAAAUAAAACGCACUUUACUCAACUAUUUGAGGACAGUAACACUAUUCCCUUACUGUAAUUUCUUGUUUAUUUAAUGUAACUGAUAAUACCAUGGUGAAUGGUGACACCAAUUUUUACAGUGUGUUUGGUAUGAAAAA